AGAGCAGAGGGAGGCUCAAAUGAACGCCAGUCAUUUAUAAAACCAUUCGUGAAGGUAUUACUCGCCGAAGAUUCACCAUCUUACCACGAACUACCUGUGUUCCAGAACUCAAGGGUGCCGCUGGUAGACAUGGAACAUUUCUCUCCAGUCCGUGGAACUGGACACAAACAAUUACCGGAUAAAGGCAGGAAAACACUGACACGGUGUACCAACACAGAAGCUAUCUGGUCCAAAAAGUCAAUAAAUAAUCGUGUGGCCUACUCCAACACACUUCGAUAUGACCCUCCGAAUCUCCAAGGGUAUAUCAGGCGAGCUGCACCAUUCACCUUGCGAGUUGUCUGUCACUUCAACAGAUAUCAUUACUCCUACAAAAUAGGCUACAUGUUGAACAUUGUACACAAGGUCUCCAAACCAAUGAAGAACAGAACCCAUUCUAUGCUCACUGCACGUAAUGCUCAAUGGGAGAGACUUGCCCAAUCCGAUGUGUACUCUAUGGGAAAGCCCAUGUACUUUCAGGCUGAAGCGCCCUCCAUGUCUAAAGAUGGACGUCUCUAUGCCCUCUCGUGUAAUGUGACCAUUAAGCAUUCACACUCCUCUAUGCCUCACUUUACAGUCAUUGACAAUUUUGGGUGCAUGGUUGAGAGCAGAAAUGACAGUGGCUCCAGAUUCAUCCCAUAUAAAAGGAAUGUUGUGAGGUUUACCAUGGAUGCUUUCCUGUUUCAGGGAAUGACAGCAGGGCAGGCCUCUCCUCUUCAGCCACAGCAGCUCUACACGCACUGUGCUAUGUCUGUAGGGAGGUCUGUCCCCUCUUCAACUGCCAAGGCCUGCACUUACGAUUCCGCAGCAGGAGGAUGGAAGGAGCUGUAUGGAGCUUCUUCAGUCUGCUCCUGUUGUGAGUCCACAUGUAGCUCUGCUGUCCCCUCUGCCACCACCAAGAUGGUCACCAGCAAGUCGUGGUCGGUUGAAUACAACACAAAGCCUGCUCUGACCCAGGAGGGGACGACAACCUCACAGCCCGAGACCGUGGUGGAGGGGCAGUUAGGUGUGAAGCAGGUGGAGAGACUUAAAGGGAGGCCUGUGAAGGGAUUUGCUGUCGUGGAAGUGGAGCAGGUCUCUGAACCACACAGAACAUUCGCGGAGUUCUUUGGUGUGGACAAAUAG